GCCAAACACAGCUGAUCGAUGAGUCAACGCGAGGCAGCAGAGCAGCUCCCACUUGUUGCUGAGGCAGGAGCGGAGCUGACGGAGAUCUACGGACGCGACCCAUCGCACCUGCCGGGUAACCAGAGGAGCUCCUCCAGCCUACAGAACCUCCGCCUCUCUGCAGCUCUUAGGAAGUCAGGUUUGAUGUCUGCGUCCGUCCUGUCGCCAUCGCCGUGUGGACGCCUCCCUCUGGUGUGUGGACUCCUCCUCCUGGCCGCCUCACCGCUCCUCACAGCAGGCCGCCUGAGUAACUGCACCCACCCUCUGGUGCCGGAACAUGGGGGGUUCCGCUGCGACCCCUCACCGUGUCGAGGGUUCCCCCAGAAGAGCUCCAUCCACAUCUUCUGUGAGCCCGGUUACCAUGUCAACAGCAAGGUCCGCAUCUCCAAGUGCCGACACGGGAGGUGGCUGCCCCCCAUCCCCGCCUGCACCCCCAUCAGAGACGGGCCGGGUCCGAAUAUGAACUCCGAUCUCAGGGGGAACGACUCGAUGCCCAGCAUGGCCACCACGGCGGUGGGCGUAUCCAUCUUCCUGCUGACCACCACUGCAUGCCUGGUCAUCAAGUCCCGCCUCUACCCCUGUCAAUCACACAGCAGGCGCUCCUCGGACCAGCUGGACCUGAUGGUGGACGGACUUCCUGUCUCCCUCCCCUCCUACGAGGAGGCGGUGUACGGCAGCUGGGGGCAGCGCCUCCCCGCCUGCUCAGUGCCAGGACCCACCCAGCUCCUAUUGGCUCAGGAGGCUCCCAGCUGUCACCCGUCGUCUCUCAUCAACCAAUCAGACGGAAGUCACCGCCCGCUCCUGUCCAGCCCAGACAACCCCCCGCCCCCGUACGAGGAGGUGCAGUCGUCCCGUGGCAGAGUCAGGAGUGAGGGGGGGCAGCUACAUGUGGAGGACAAGGACACCUGAUGGACAGACGGAGGGCUUCAGGUGUUGUGAAGCAUUUGAUUGACAGCUGCAGAUGAAAACAGACUGACCGCAGACUGCUGCACUUUACCAGCAUCAGGACACUCUGUCCAAUCACACGCUUUAGACGAAGCUCCUAAGCUCUGAUUGGCCGCUUGUUGGGUCACAAAGACGGAAGUGUUGAUUGUAUAAUGUGUCGUAGGAAUGUAAGUGGCAGAGGAGCUAUCUCACCUUUAUAUCCUGAAUGCCUUGCUUUUAGCGUGAUGAAUAUGUAUUUUGGUUUUAAACAAUAUUUUAAAUAAGAAUCUUUCACUUUUAAUAUAAAACCAUCACACCUAAUUUGAGAUUUCCGUAUGGCAGCAGUCAUAUACAAUUGUAAGUGCCUGUGUGUGUGUGUGUGUGUGUGUGUGUGUGUGUGUGUGUGUGUGUGUGUGUGUGUGUGUGUGUGUGUGUGUGUGUGUGUGUGUGUGUGUGUGUGUGUGUGUGUGUGUGUGUGUGUGUGUGUGUGUGUGUGUGUGUGUGUGUGUGUGUGUGUGUGUGUGUGUGUGUGUGUGUGUGUGUGUGUGUGUGUGUGUGUGUGUGUGUGUGUGUGUGUGCGCGCGCGUUUUCAGUGUUGCUCUGGAGACGUCGCCCAACCUCCCCCUCUGUGACGGGGCCUAUCUUGCUGUUGCGUUUCCACAGCAACUGAUUCUAUUCCAUUUCUGUUAGAUUCUACUUUGUGUAGAAACAUCUCUGGGUUCAAAGCCACUGCUGCAGUGCUGAAGAAUAACUCAGAUCCUUUACUUCAGAUAACGUAUUUAAACCACACUCAACUUAACGUAGAAGCCCUGCAUUGAAACCUUGUAAAAGUAUGAAUGCACUGCAUCACACUCUUUAACAUCCUCAUGUAUGUGUAGCCUCACUGUCCUGUGAAAACCACUUAUCUCUAAAUAAGCAACUGUUCACGAGUUUCUCAGAUGUUUCAAGCUUUGCCACUGUGCAUUUGACAGCUAAUCUGAAAGGCUUUUAAAAAUGUAUUAAGAUAAAGAAAGGGGAGAAUUUGUCUUCUUAUUAAGGCACACCUCCUCUUUCAGUUUUUCACAAACAUUCAACACUGGACAGGAAGGAGCAGAAGAGUGUCAUCUGAAAGUAUCUGACUGCUCAAGGCUCCUCUGAGGUUUAGUGCAUUGGAAAUAAGUACAAAGUUGAAAUACUCAUGUAGAGUUCCUCAAAUUUGGUAAGCAAGUAUAAUACUGGAGUAAAUGUACUUGGUUAUAUUCCAGCACCGCAGCACAGCACUCGGGUAACAGAGGGUGACAACAGCCUGUGGUGAUGCUCAUCUGCAGAAUGCUCAGACAUCAUAUGGUUUGUAUCAGUGUUCUUAAAGUGUUCCUUCAGUGGUGAGUGAAGUGACAGAGAUAUUUUGAAUUAUUAUCUAAAUGCACAGUAAAAAUGAUCUGAGAUACGUGUCUGGCCCUGGUGGCAUGGAUGCAGACACACAGGUGCGCUUGCUGGUUUCUCUCUCAGAUGUUGGCGCUAGCGUUAGUGACCCCCCCCCCCCCCCUGCAGCAGCUGACACCCUCUCAGACCCUGAAUGUAUUCUGUGUUUCAUGUUGUGGCAACACAUUUUAAAUAUGAUAUGGAUUGUAAUAUUUACAGAAAGAUAAUUUGUACGUUGUAUUAUUGCACAUAAUUAUAUGAUGAAUAAAUGUUUAACAUCUUG